GGCAGGCAACACGAGAUUUGUAUGGUUGCCCGAAAUUUGCUCGACUGAAGAUUACUGGUCAGACACAAAAAAACAAACUUCAAAUGCGCUUCGACCCGCCGCUACCUUAGUUAAAUACCUAUGCGACGUUGCUGAAUUAUUUUACGAAUUAUCAUCACGACUUUAGCUACUUGGAAUCUACGACUCGUUUUGACACACUGCAUGUACCAAUCGAGCAGCACCCAUACAACAUCCUCUGAAGACACUAGCAUAAUUCGGUACCUGCCACUAGGCCGUCCCAUCCCGCGCGUCCGAGCCCGGAUAACUGACCCGCCGACACGCAUAAUCAUCCCGGAUCUCAGGUGAUACAGCGUAUUGUAUGUCAGGGUGCAGGCAGCGGGAAACUUUGACAGAGGGUAAAAAAAACCAAACUGACCUUGCAAGAAAAAAAAUAUUCUAAUCGCACGGAAUCUGGUCACCAGGCCAACAGUGGACUUGACUUCGGAUUCACCGUGCAUCCAGUCCACUGCGGGGUGACAUUGAUAUACUGUAUCUAUCGUACCUUGGCUUGAGUUGGGUACCGAUCAAUCUAUAUUAUUAUAGCAGCCGUAAAGCCGUUGCGUGCCCGCCCACCUACCCAACGGAGCCACUACGAACAAGAAUCCCUGGGUAUUGGACUUGCUUCAUCAACCAUGGCUCAGGCUGUGGAAGCCAGGUCGCUAUCACGACUCAACGCACUGGCUGCAAACCCACCUCAGUACCCAGUCAACCCGACGGAGCAGAGACAAGAACCUUUAAUUUUGUAUAUCUCUCGCGUGCCGGGCUCACGAGAUGUAAUAUUUUCACCAUUCAAGCCACAGUUGAAAAAUGUGACGGGCGAAGAUGUGGCAAACUCUCUUUACUACAUUCACCUGGAUACACCUUCGGAUUUCGAUUUGCAAGAGGCACCAGGGACGGCUACUAGCAAUGAGAGCCAUAGGCCAAGCUUGGAGACUUCUUCCACCAGCAGAGGUGCAAGCUCGGCACCCCGAUCACCUAUUGCAAGGAAACCAUUGCCAGCUUCAGCAAAGGCCUUGUCAAUAAAAUCUAUACCGGCCACGACACCACCACCAACAGCAGUAAUAUCACGAGAUCGUGAACCAGACUCCCCAAGUAGCGCAAAGAAGGCACCAGUGAUCGUCAACUCGAAUGAAACGUCGCCCGUGGACAAGCAUAUGCCAGAGCCCAAAAAUGAAAUUUCUGAGACUCCUGAAAAGCCACCUCCAGUACCUCUCAAGGAUGUUAGCCCCAUAGAAAAGUCCCCGACACAGCAGGUUCCUAUCACCAGGAAACCUCUUGGACCCCGAGCACUGAGCACUCAAUCUACCCGUUCUGUAAACGAAGGAGCAGGCGGUUUUCUGCAGCCCAAUAAUAACACAGAUGUCCGUCCCAACUCGUCGGCCUCUGCUGCACACUCGCUUGCUGAACAUCAACGCAACACUCAUACUUCAGAAGGCCCAACAAUCCAGCCGCCUCGAUCGCCUCGAUCACCGUCGCCAAAAAAGGGGCCAAGGGACAUGGUGCCUUUCACACUCACAGUCAUUAGAAGGGAUCCUUCGACAGGAAACCAGUGGAACGUCGGCAAAGUCUCUUCAUAUCAACUACUCAACCCCACGGUUCCAACUUUGGACCCCGAAGCACCUCCUUCAUAUGCCGAGUUGGCAGGGCUGGUGCCAACGAACACAACUGCAGCCGCGCUAGCUGUGCCGCCAAACAUCAGCAUCCGCGUGGAAACCUCGGGAUAUGCCAAAUUCCGUGGGAAUUUCCCAACAAGAGACAGCAUUGAUGUCAACCGAAGACAGCGAGCAACAUCGGCUGCGUCGUCCAUCACAGGCGCAAGUACAGACUCGUUAAGUAUCUUGCGAGGAAGCGGUGCGGUCACCGGCGAGGACUUUUUCACACGCCAGCUUAUAAUGAGCUAUCAGAAGAGCUGGACCUCCAACAUCAGGGAAGCAUGGAAGAAUAGGAACCGAAGCAAUAGCAGCUCGCCUCCCAAGCCUGAACCCGAACCACCCCUGUCACCUCUCGAGCCACCUCCCGUCUUACCAUUUCAUGGUCGUGCCAGAAGCGAUUCUGGUGGAUCUGUGGAAUCCUUUAGCUCGCCAAACGGUUCACCAACCAAAAGCUCAUUCUCACUGCAGGCUCUACGACAAAAUCAAAAAAGCAACGGCCAUGGCAACGGCGAGCAGGAUCCUCGCCAAUUAAUCACGGCCCCCGGGCCAGGUCUCAAGCCACGAGGAUAUGCCUUUGCCAGUCCGUGGGAUGGCAUUUGCGAAUUCCGGACCAGCAGCAGCGGACGCGGCGUCAAAUGCGUCCACUCGCUUCCCGGCGGGCCCCUUCACGCUGAAGGAGGGACACCUGUUGGGACAACCGUUAGCGAACUGCGCUUCAAUCUUCCCAGCGCCGAUAUGUUCCGAGAAAAGGGUCAGGAGCUGCAGGGAAAGCUUGACCGCCUCAAGGUCGAUGGACAACACCGUCUCCAGGAGCAAUGGAACAAAGGUCACAGACGGGCACAAAGCAGCGUUGACAGCAAUACUUAUUCCCAUAACGGCGAUGAUCAUGACGACAUGGGUCUGUCACUAGGCAGAGAGCGGGCUGGAGGUGGCAACCGAGGAAAGCGCGCCAAGCUGGGCAAGCUCAUAGUGUACGACGAGGGACUCAAGAUGCUCGACCUGGUAGUUGCAGCCAACGUUGGCGUUUGGUGGGGUGCAUGGGAGAGGAGUUUUUGAUGAGGAGGCACCUUUGUGCAUGGGCUUGGCUGGUUUGGCUUUCAGGAUGGGGCGUCCGGAGGAUAUCCGUUUUAUCGGUUUUUGGAAUGGUUGAUGGCAUUUGGCUUGAGCGUAGAGGUAAGGGUGUCUUUCGUGACGCCGGAGAUGUCGUAAUGAUUCUUGCACACAUUGGUCAGAAUUAUCCGUGCAGGCCGCUAGGCUAAUGGCCAAAAAGUAAAUUCAUCGGGUCUAUACGAAAUAUCAAAUAAAAAAAACGCCGACUUUGCAGUAGCCAGUGAUGGCGCACAACCACCGAUAUUACCUGG